AUGGUUCGUGUACCCGACAUCGCCACCGAGGACGACGCCUCUCAUCUCGUCACCCUGGAAGAAAUCAGCCGGUUCGUCGACGAAGCCGAGGACUUGCAAGGAUGCCUCAACAGCAUCGCCGGCAUCGUGGCCAAGCGCAUGCAGACCGAAGUCUGCUCGGUCUAUCUCCUCGAGGCCGACAGCAAAAGGUUGACUCUCAGCGCCACGAAGGGGCUGGAUCCGGCGGCCGUGGGACGCGUGUCCAUGCUUGCCAGCGAGGGCCUGGCCGGGCUGGUAGUGGAAACACGGGAACCCGUGAUGGUCAUGGACGCUCCGUCGCAUCCACGCUUUCUGUAUUUUCCGGAGACCGGCGAAGAACGCUACCAUUCCUUCUUCGGCGUUCCCGUCAGCGCCCAGAAAACACCCAUCGGCGUGCUGGUGGUGCAGACUUCCCGUCCGCGUGACUUCAUGCACGAGGAGAUCCGUCUCCUCAAGGCCAUUUCCGCCCAGGUUUCCACCAUCAUCGUCCACGCCCGGCUGGUGGAUUCUCUCAAGGACAAGGAGCGUGAACGCAAGCAGUCCCGGCAGCGUAUGGUCAGCGCACUGCGACGGCUCCGGUCGUACGAGGGAAGGGGAAAGGAACGAACCAGCGAGCCUCCGAGAAAGUUUCGCAGCCGUCUGACCGGGCUCGCCGCCUGCCCCGGCUUUGCCUACGGCAGGGCCUACAUCAUGCAGCGCCUGAUAGACCUGGACGCCAUCGGCAAGACCCGCACCGCCGAUCCCCAGGGCGAGAUCGAGCGUUUCCGUUCCGCGGUGCAACGAGCCGUGGCCCAGGUGGAAGAGAUCAAGACCCGCAUGAUUGCCCUCAUUUCCGAAGAGGCGGGGGCGAUUUUCGACGUGCACCAACUCGUGCUGAAGGACCCGGUGUUGCAGAAGGAAAUCGAAGGCCGGAUCCUCGGAGAACACCUGACCGCAUACUACGCCGUCAGCAGCACCUUCCGCGGACACAUGCAAACCGUCAGCGAGGUCGGCGACAGUUACCUGAAGGAGCGCACGGCGGACAUCCGUGACGUCGCCCAGAGACUACUCGAGAAUCUUUCGGGCGCCGAGGACCGGCGGCUCGUCGUCCCGGACGGAGGAGCCAUCCUGGUCGCGGAAGAUCUCUCUCCCGCGGACCUGGCCGUCAUCGAAGGCGAUCGCUUUCAAGGUAUCGUGCUCGCCACCGGCGGCGUCACCUCCCACGCGUCGCUCCUGGCCAAAUCCUUCGAGAUCCCCACCGUGGUGGCGGCGGAGGGGGUGUUGGAAAAGCGUCCGGAAAGAGGAUUCGACAUCGUCGGCGAGUACGACCGGCUGGAGCGUCAAUAUCUCGCCGUCAACCGCGAACUCGACGAAAUGCGCGAUCUGCCGGCCGAGACCACCGACGGCCACCGGGUUCACCUGCUUGCCAAUAUGGGACUGCUCACGGAUAUCCGGUUUGCGCAGACUCAUGGAGCGGAAGGCAUCGGCCUCUACCGGACCGAGAUCCCGUUUCUGGCGUAUCAUGAUUUUCCCACCGAGGCGCAGCAGUUCACCCUCUAUCAAAAGGUGGUGGAGGGUAUGGGCGGCAAGCCUGUCACGAUCCGGACGCUCGAUAUCGGCGCCGACAAAUACCCCCCUUACGUGAGCAUUGCCCGUUCCGAGCCCAAUCCGUUCCUCGGAUGGCGUUCCAUUCGCAUUUCGCUGGAGGUGUCCGAGACUUUCAAGAUGCAGCUCCGGGCCAUCCUGCGCGCGGGCGCGUUGGGGCCGGUGCGCCUUUUGAUCCCCAUGAUCUCGAGUCUCGAGGAGAUCCUUCGGGUCAAGGCCAUCCUGCGCGAGGUCAAGACGGAACUGGUGUGGCGCCGCGUCCCUUUCGAUGACGACAUGGAACUGGGGAUCAUGGUCGAGGUGCCCGCGGCGGUGCAGGUGGUGCAUCGGAUGGUGGAGGAGGUGGAUUUCGUCAGCAUCGGCACCAACGACCUGAUCCAGUACCUGUUGGCCGUCGACCGCGGCAAUCUCAAGGUGGCGUCUCUCUACGAGCCCUUUCACCCGGCGGUCCUCGCCGCGCUCAACCAGGUCAUCCGGGCCGCCAAGGACAACGGCAAACGCGUCGCCAUGUGCGGGGAGAUGGCCGGGGACCCGUUGUCGACCCUGUUGCUGAUGGGGAUGGGCCUCGAAGAGUUCAGCAUGGAGUCCCUGUCCAUUCCCGUGGUCCGGAAGCUGGUGCGCUCCGUGAGCUAUGAGAGGGCAUUUGCCAUCGGGCAGGAGGCUCUGCGGAUGGACAGGGUCGAUGAGAUCAAACGCUAUCUUUUCAGCGAAAUGCGCGCCCUCGGUCUGGUGGAGUUGAUGGAGCUUUACCGCUAG